AUGCCUGGAUCUGGUGAUGAGCUCGCAGAAAAAAAAAGUGUGGAGAAACCAGUGAAGACGAAAGAUUUUGCACAAAAAUUAAAUAAGAAUAAAAAAAAUCAAAAAAAUGUGGACAAUGUGGAUGCAUUAGUUGAAGAAAUCAAAAGUAAUGUUACAAUACAACCAGUGCAAGAAAAGGAUGAGUACGAGUCGGGCGACACGUCGGACGAGGAGGAGCGCGUGAACACGGCGGGGGCCGUGCCUGCGCGCUGGUACGACGAGUACGAGCACGUGGGCUACGACGUGGAGGGGCGCCGCAUCCGCCGCGCGCCGCGCGCCGACGCCAUCGACGCCUUCCUCAGGAAAUGUGAGGAUCCAGAUUUUUGGCGCACGGUACGGGAUCCAUCCACAGGGCAAGAAAUCAUACUUUCAAAGCGAGAUCUCGAGCUGAUCGCUAGGAUACGAGAAGGUCGAGUGCCCAACGCUGAUCAUGAUGAGUAUCAGCCGUGGGUGGAGUGGUUCAGUCGCGAGGUGCUGGCGACCCCGCUGCGGGCCUUCCCCGAGCACAAGCGCUCGUUCGUGCCGUCGCGGGAGGAGCAGCGCCACGUGGCGCGCAUAGUGCACGCGCUCAAGAUGGGCUGGACCAAGAGCAGGAGGCAGCUGGCCGAGGAGCGCAGGAGGCGCCGGGAGCGCAGCUUCUACGACCUGUGGGGCGCGGCGGGGGCCGGGGCGGGGGCCGGGGCGGAGGCGGAGGGGGCGCGCCGCCUGCCGCGCCACGUGCCGGCGCCGCGCAGGCCUCCGCCCGGCCACGCCGAGAGCUACAACCCGCCGCCCGAGUACCUGCUCGACGCCAAGGAGAUGAAGGAGUGGAGGAAGCUGGAGGCGACGCCGUGGAAGCGCAAGUACACGUUCCUGCCGCAGCGGCACGAGAGCCUGCGCGCGGUGGGCGCCUACGAGCGGUUCGCGCGCGAGCGCUUUCUGCGCUGCCUCGACCUGUACCUGGCGCCGCGCGCCCUCAAGAUGCGGCUCACGCUGCGCCCCGAGCAGCUGGUGCCGCAGCUGCCGGCGCCGCGCGACCUGCAGCCCUUCCCCACGGCCGAGGUGCUGCAGCUGCGCGGCCACGCCGACCUGGUGCGCUCCGCCGACUUCGACCCCUCGGGCCAGUACGCCGUCUCGGGCAGCGACGACGGCACCGUCAAGGUGUGGGAGACGAGCUCGGGGCGCUGCCUGCGCACGCUGGAGCUGGGCGAGCCGGUGCGCCGCGUGGCCUGGACGCCGGCGGCGGGCCUGAGCCUGGUGGCGGCCGCGGUGGGGCAACGUCUGCUGCUGCUCAACCCGGGCGCCGCGGCGGGCGCGCGCCGCACGGCCGCCGCCACCGACGCGCUGCUGGCCGACGCGCCGCCCGCCUCGGACGAGCGCAUGGACGAGCGCACGGCCGCCUGCGUGCAGUGGCAGCCGGCGGACGCGGCGCAGUGGGCGCGCGGCGUGCGCCUCUCCGUCGCGCACUUCAGGCCGGUGCAGCACGUGUCGUGGCACGCGCGCGGCGACUACCUGGCCGCCACGCUGGAGGAGGGCGCGGCGCGCAGCGUGCUGGUGCACCAGCUGUCGCGGCGCCGCAGCCAGCUGCCCUUCCGCCGCGCGCCCGGCCGCGUGCAGUGCGUCGCCUUCCACCCGCAGCGCCCGCUGCUCUUCGUGGCCACGCAGCGCGCCGUGCGCGUCUACGACCUGGUGAAGCAGGAGCUGGUGCGCAAGCUGCUCACCGGCGCGCAGUGGAUCAGCGCGCUGGCGCUGCACCCGGCCGGCGACAACCUGCUCGUGGCGUCCUACGACCGCAAGUGCAUGUGGUUCGACCUGGAGCUGUCGUCGAAGCCGUACCAGACGCUGCGGCUGCACGGGGGCGCCGUGCGCGCCGUGGCCUUCCACCGCCGCUACCCACUGUUCGCGUCGGCCGGCGACGACCGCCACAUCGUGGUCUCGCACGGCAUGGUCUACAACGACCUGCUGCAGAACCCGCUGCUGGUGCCGCUGAAGCAGCUGCGCGCGCCCGAGCCGCGCCAGCAGCUGAGCGUGCUGGACGUGCGCUUCCACCCCACGCAGCCGUGGCUGCUGGCCGCCGCCGCGGACGGCACGCUGCGCCUCUACGCC